AUGCAGCGCUCAAAUCCCCCGCUAGCACCAACAGAGGCGAGGUGUCGGAGAAGGACUCGGGCGGGGGAGAGGCUCUGGGUGGAGAACAUGCGGUUGGUGGAAUUCUUGAGGGAUUACGUCAAGAAGAGACUAGAGGACGGCGACUUCGUUGAUGAGCAGGGCGGUCAGUCGGCGGAGGAGCAAUUGAGGGAGCAUGCUUCCAAGCAGAAUGACGAUGUCGAGAUGGAGGAGGGCGAUGAGGGUAAAGGAGGGGAGAAAGAUGGUAAAGUCUUGUAUCCGAACUUGAAAGGCAUGGAUAGGACUUAUGCUGUUGAGAGUGAAUGA